AUGCAUCACCCCCGGCCACAACACCCACCCUCCUCUCGUCCCUAUUUAUACACCGGACUUGUGGAUAGUCACCUAUCGUCUCGCAACGCUUCUUCCAACAUUAGAGAUUCUCGACAGGUUCCUUCAGAAGAGGCGCGCAGUGCUCAGAGGAACGUUAAACCGCAGCAUCCUACUAUGAGUGUGCAUCCUCCCGUUCCACCUGCCAUUGAAACUAGUGAAAAGGAGGACUAUCAUGGGUUUCAGGUAUCAGCUGCUCGCCUUCCACCGGGGAGCCCAACCUUUGCUUUGCGCCGAGUGACAGCGCCCUUUAGUCACAUUGAGUACCCGAAUAUCUCUCCCGCUAAGUCUCAGAUAUCGGAUGAUUACGAUUCUGAGUCGCACAAGUCUAUGGCGAUGGCCUAUGACGACUUGAGUACGGGCGGAAGGUCACAUUCUGAGCGACGACGCGGUUACGGGACAACCGCCCUCGGGUUUCGCUAUUCCGAGCCUCAAAGGUCUCAGAAUCCAGCCGCUCACUCUUACCAAGCCCCGUCUGAGCGCUCCCUAGGAGAGGAGCAUAGCUUUAGAGAGACAGGUCAACAGGUGGAACUCAUGAGUGCCGUGCGCCCUCCAGCCCGACGGAGGGUCCGAGGUGACUCGAACUCCUCGAUAGCAAGCAUAUGGUCGAAUAUUGCUGUCGCAGGCGACCCAGCUUACCGCAAUGACAUGUUUCUUGAUGAUAGAAACACGAGCAGACACGCUGGAGCACAGACUAGCCCCAGCCAACCGAGCGGCCGUUUUCUGCCGCAUUCAGCUCCGGCCACGUAUUCGUAUGAUUAUGCCCUUGAAGUGAACAGCGACCGACAUGUUAGCGCCAUGGAUGUAGUUUCGCAGGGCAACUUCCCAUCUUCGCCAGCCAUUGGGAUGGAUGUUGAUCCUCCUAUGAUAAUCCCGCCCGCACCGAGGCCAAGUGAGCUGGAACUUGCCGACCCGGAUUCCCCCUUCACAUAUCAAGGGGCGCAUUGGGACGUCUCUAAUGGAGUGUUCAGCAUGGCCAGCACCGAUGCAGAUGCAGCUUCGUUGCAUAGUCAAGAUCGACCUAGUUCUCGUGACAGCAUUGACCCAAUAGGUGGUGGUCGGCGUAGUCGCAAGGCCACCCCCGAACAACGUAAGCCGAAUGUCGAUGGACGAAAGAAGACCACAAUGGCAUGUCAUUUUUGUAGAUACCGCAAACUUCGUUGCGAUGGAGGGCAUCCAUGCACCCACUGUAUUCAUCGUGAGAAGGAGUGUACUUAUGAUGCCACAAUUCGCCGACGUGGCCCUGGAAGAAAGAACAAGUCUGCGCAAGAGACUGCGCGAGUGCAGCUCGCAAACCGGCUCCGCGAAGAAGUUGUUAGGGAAGCAUCAGUUCAAAAAGAAGUACAAAAGAGCCAGGGACGGGUUACCCGAAGUAAGGUCGAAAAACAGGAAACUCACAAGGAUGCUUGGUCGCAAACUUCCCCACAGGCCAGUAAUUUCCCCGUGUCAUUCUCCAGCACCGAGACAUCCGUCUAUUCGGCGGAUGUUGGCUCUCGGCCCCAGUUUCCUACCCCGGAGGACUCUCCUACUGGAAGACAUGAGUACCAGCCAUUGUCAACGCCUUUCGGAUAUACCACGAGGGAGAACCUGGCACUUCUGGAACGAUUCAAGCUCUAA